AUGCCUUUGGAUCCAAUAUCAGCUGCCUAUACAGCAGCAGACAAUCGAAAGAAUUCAGGCGAAAAAAAUGUCCACCUGCUGAAAGGCAAGACGAGUAACUACAACAUCCUGGACAUAAUUAGCAAAGGAACCUUCGGCAAAGUUGCCGAGGGCGUGAAUUUGUCCACAAAGAAGGAUGUUGCCAUCAAAAUUUUAGAAACUGAGAAAACACAAAUCACAGAAAAAGAGAUAGACAUGAUUGAAGUCCUGAGUAUUCUGGACCCAGUCAAAACCAACGUGGUGCACUUCCAUGAGAAGUUACAACAGGGACAACACACCUAUCUAGUGUUUGAAAAGCUGGACAUGAAUCUGGAGCAGCUUCUCAAAAACAGAAAGUACAUACCAUUGUCUGUCAGUGAGAUACAGCUGAUCACGCAGCAGCUGCUGACGGCGUUAGAAGCCCUGAGGGGACUCGGUAUAAUCCACACCAACUUGAAGCCAGAUAACAUCAUGCUGGUUAACCAUAAGGACCAGCCAUUCCGCGUCAAACUCAUAGACUUCGGCAUGGCCCUCAGGACCUCUAAAGUGAGACGCGGGAUGGUGAUGCAGUCUCUGGGUUACAGGGCACCUGAAGUCUCCCUGGGCCUCCCCAUCUCCGGAGCAGUUGACCUGUGGGGUCUGGGGUGUAUUCUGACCUACUUGUACCUCAGUAAGGAACUGUUUGAUAUGGGCUGCGAGUAUCAGAUGAUGAGGAGCAUGGUCAAUGUCCUGGGCAAACCAGAUGACAAACUCCUCAAUGCAGGGAAAUACACCUAUCAGUUCUUCAAGGCGAACAAACCUCGGGGAAAAUGGUCACUGAAGAGCCCAUGGGAAUACAUGCAGGGCACUGGAAUUAAGCCUAAAAACAUGCGGCAGACAGUCAGUUCCCUGAGUGAGCUUGACACUAUUUACCCAGAGAUCCAGGAUCCCAUUGAGAAGAUGGAUCGCAGAGCCUUCAUCAACCUGCUGAAACUUCUUCUGCACAUGGACCCUGCGCUUAGGAUCACUUCUGCUGCAGCUCUCCAGCACCCGUUUGUGUCCAUGAGUCACAUGGAGCAGGAGCUGGACACCAGCUUGUAGUAGAAGAGGCCCUGAAGCUCAAGGACACUUUUGACGUGAUGCCCACUGCUGAUGGAUGAGUGAGGAUAGAUUAACAUUAACAGGAAGGCCACUUCUUCUCUCGACUUCUCAUCAAUGCAUUAGAGAGAUGCUUUAAUUUUGCACAUAAAGUGAAUUAUCAUCCUAAACAAUCUCAGGCCUUUCUUAAAAGGUUACUGAAAAUGUAUCAUGGCAAGCAGCAAGGACCUUAGAUGAGCCGGGCCCUUCACUGUGGCUUUAUGCCCAAAUGUGUCUCGUUGACAAGGAAAGUUGUGACUCAAAAAUCCAAGAUGAGGAAAAAGAAGAAACAUACAGGCACAUGUGCCA